AUGACGAGCAUUUGUACAAGGCCGGCCCCUUGUCAGCUUACCAUCAUUAUGUCUUAUCGUCAGUCCUCCCUGAUGCUGAGCGGGAAUUUGUCAAAAUACAGAAGAAAAACCACACCCUUGAGAAGGAAAAGGAGGUCCUCAAAAAGAAAGUUGAGUUUUUGACGACUGAUGCCGAACAGCUCAAGUCAGAACGGCAGAGAAUCCACCAGGUGAUCAAAACAGAGACCACCUGAGGAACCAGCUGAUACUCUGCAAAAAUUAAUUGUCUGUGUUGGGUAAGAAGAUCAGGAUCCAGAAAACGGACCUGAAGAGGGUGCAAGCAGAAUGAGGCCCACAAGGAGGAACUGGUGUCAGCGAAGAAGGAACUGCAGUCAGUGAAGUAGGGUGCUGUCAAACAGAGGGCAGGCCAGCAAAGCCUGAAGGAACAACUGGACCAGGUCAUCAAAGCAAGAGAUGGCCUGAUUGACAAGUGGCUGCAAUGCCAAAAUGAAUGUUGAGAGCUGCGUGACAAAAAUGACCAUCCAGCAAUCAAACCUGAACAUGAAGGAUGGUCAGUGCAAAGAGCAAAUGAAGCAAAUCCAUCUCCUCAAACUGGAGUACCUGAAACUUGAGAAGGAGAGGGUCAUCAUAGAAAGCGAUGCAGAGGACCAGAGGCGGAAGCUCCAAAAGUGUGAGGAAGAGCUACAAACACAGAAGGAGAAACUCAAAGAGAGCAAAAUUUGUCGCGCUGUUGAGGAUCAUAUUGGAAAAAAAAUAGUAAUUCUCAAACAAAGACCUCAGACGAUCAGAAGACCCUACCAAGAUGUGCCUCUCCAGAAGAUUGAGUCCUUACAGAAAGAGCUGCUCACUCAGACUGAAGAGCUGAGGAAAACACAAAAACAGUGUGAAGGGCUGAAGCAAAGUCUGGCACAGGUGGGAGAGCAGUUGCAGCAGUGCCAGGUGACGGUCAGAGACCAAAAAGAAAAGCUAGAGGCAGUAAAGGCAGAGAGGAACAUGUACAAAAGGGAGACUGAAAAAUUGGGCAAAGAAUUAGCAGACAUCAAGAAAGUGCAGCGCAUUAAAAAACAGCAGAACAGAGUGGCCAGGAGGACAAAAAAAGUCAAGCUGUCCUCUGGAGACAAAUCAAGUCAGUCCCACCUCUCACCUGUCUCCCCGAAACUCCGGCUGAAGACUGGGCAGUCCCAUCCCCAAACAGUAUCCAGUGAAGUCCAAGUGCAGUCCGAGUUAAGGAUUGUAGGAACAAAAAUUUAAUUGUGGACCUUUCCAGCCGUCCGAGGAGGGUUCCUCCUGUUAGUCUUGCAUGCUCCUCUUGGAAAGCUCGGGCAGGUUCUGCACUGUUCAUUGUGAUAUUUUUGCAAAACUGGGUUAUAAAAACAAAUGCACCGGAGUUAAUACUGAUCUGAUUCUUUGUGAUUUUUGUCAGUGUAAGAGUGUAAACAUGACCAGCAUGGUAUGACUUAAUAAAAAAGUUUGCAUACAUUAUGAACCUUCAUUUAGAAAAAUUAAGCAUAUUAGGUUACUUUGAUGUGUUACAUUGGUCUUAAGUGUUUUUUGAUUUGAUGGAAUUUGCGUUCUUUACGGGUCAUAUAAACAGAUGGGGAUUUUUGCAGAAGUCAAAAAUCCCAGAAGUCAAAAAACUGGGACGUCAUCUUGGCCGGAGCCAGAAGAAUUUCGACAGAAAAAUGUUAACUGCUGUUGGCGACUGCUACAGCAUCCAUGUCGACUGAGAAAGGUUUCGAUGGGACGUCCCUUGUGUUUUUCUAGGCAAAAAUAAACCCCACCUUAAUGGAAAAUUGUAAACAUAACAUGAUGUCAGACUUAAUAAUGAAAUGAAAUGAAAUAUUAAUUCAGUGUACAUCAGGAUACAUCAGUCCCCAUUUUUUCGAAAACAGUUCAGUCACAUUCAUUUUCAUUUUCUGGCUCACAGUGAAGCAAUGCUGGAAUACAGCUUGUUGUGAAGCUAUUGAGGCUGUAGUGUUACUGUUCUUUAGCAUAUGGUUAGAACAGAAUACUUAUUUCAUUUGGGGAAAUACACUUAUUUGCUUAUUUCUCACUGAGAGACAGAUGAGAAGAUCGAUAUCUACCUCACAUCUGUUCGUAAAAUAUGAAGCUAGCGUCAGCAGCUGGUUAUCAUAGCUUAGCAGAAAGACUGGAAACAGGGAGGAAACGGUUAGUCAGUUAUUUUUGGGAGGAGGGGGGGGACACCACCCACAGCCAGCUCUACUGUUCUGUGAUUGACACAGAUUAAAUGCUAAAAAAAUAAAGCUUGCUGGUUGGACAGUGAUGAUUUUUCAGUUUUAGAGAAAAUUGUUACUUCGUGUGAAAAACACUUACUAUAAUGUUGUAUGAGCUACACUUCUGCCUGUGUGCCUCACCAAUUCAAGGUUUUUUGCGUUCCCAAAUUUAUCUUGCUGUGGUUGUUUGAUUGAUUCGGCCUGUUGGAGAUAAUGUAACCCGACAGGUAUUGUUCUUGCAGUGGUACAUCGGUUUUACUCU